CACCCCAUAGCAGUGGAACAAACUCUUAACCCUUCUUCUUACAGCCAGGACUUUUGGUGUCCUUUGAAAAGCUGGCAUGAAAGGGCACCAAUUCUGCAAAUGGGCAUCAGCAGCUGUGGGUUACGUCUCUAGCAGUGACUAACAGUAUUCAGCUCUAUCUCAUUGGAGGAUCUUUGGGACUCCGUGAAUUUGCUCAGAUAAGAUAUGAUUACCACAAACUACAUGGCAAGGUGGAAUUUGGAACUUCUUACACUUUUUGAUCAUGUUUCAGAACUAUCUAAGGUUGAUCCAGCUUUGAAAGAAAAAUUAAAACAGAACACUGUGACACUGGAAUCUGAAUAUGAGAAGUUGCAAAAAUUGAACUUGGAUGACUGGGAGAACAUCAGAGGACCCAGUCUGUGGGAAGAUUCCAGGAUGGUUCAGAAACAACAGCGGGAGGCUCUCCGUCUCAAGACAGAGUGACUGAGAAAGCCACCUUUGGUGCCUCUGGGAAAAAAAAGUCUCAGGCUGGACUGUCUUAAUUUUUAAUCCAGUGUCAGGAACAGACAUGGGAGCAUUUGCACUGGACAAUUCAGCUGGUAUAUAUACAAGUAACUGUGAGAUCAGUCCAAAAGGCACUGUAUUAUAUGAAGCUCUUUGUUUGCAUUAAUUUGUCUAGUGUACCACAGGCUGUAUAUGUGAAUUUUCAAUUAAAAAACCCUGAUUAUUCUACUGAGAAUA